GGCGCGGAGGCUGUGUCGCUCGGAGAUGCAUUUGUUUGUGUUUUUAAACUAAUUUCUAUGAAUUUUUGAAAAAUAAAAGUUAAAAAUAUGAUCGGAAGUGAUUAUACUUUGGAGUUGUGCAAUGUUUUUCAUUCGGGACAGGUGGAACCAGGCAGCUUCUUCCAGCGGCUGACAGGCGGAGUGAAGACAGGAGUGAUCCUCAAGGAUGUCUCCUUCACCACACACAGCGGAGAGGUCACCGCUAUCCUCGGAUCCAAAGGUAGCGGCAAAAGAGCCCUCCUCGACGUGAUAGCGCGCCGCGUGCCAGCCAAGGGACACAUCUUGCUGGAAGGAGUUCCUCUAGAGAUGGAGCAGUUCAACAGCACGUGCGCGCUCGUGCGACACAACACGAGGCUGCUGCCAGGACUCAGUGUGCAGCAGACGCUCAGUCUAUCACUCACUAAGAUUUCAGGUUACUUGAAAUCGUCAAAAGUGAAACAAGUAAUGGCUGAUUUAGCGUUGUCAAAUGUUGCUAAAAAAUGUGUAACGAGCCUAACAAAGAGCGAAUACAGAAGAUUAGUUAUAGGAGUACAACUCAUAAGAGACCCAAUCAUUCUUCUGCUUGAUGAACCUACUUGGGACUUGGAUCCGCUGAACACAUACUUGGUGAUUUCAAUAUUGUCGAAUGCUGCGAAGAAAUACGGCACUGCCAUCAUACUUACCAUGGAGAAACCUCGAUCAGAUGUGUUCCCGUUUUUGGACCGCGUAGUAUACUUAUGUCUCGGAGAUGUGGUAUAUGCAGGUCCUACAAGGAAUCUGCUGGAUUACUUCGGCAGCAUCGGCUUUCCUUGCCCACAGCUUGAGAACCCAUUGAUGUAUUACUUAUGCCUGUCAACGGUAGACCGAAGAUCUCGAGAACGGUUUAUAGAAUCCAACCACCAGAUAGCAGCACUAGUGGAGAAGUUUAAGCUAGAAGGCCAGGGCAUAAUGCAGGGGAAUCUGCACGAGAACAACCGCAUUGUCAACCCUAAUAAGAUACAGCUUAAUUAUGGGAAGCCGGGAGGCAUGCAAGUUAUAUGGAUGUUGUAUUUGAGAUUACUGGCUUCGAUAUUUAACCUAAAGAAGAACGGAAUGAAACAAAUGUUUAUGAGACUGUUCAGCUUACCGUUGUACUUCUUCAUACUGUGGGUAUUCUACAACGAAGCUAAGGAUUACCAGAGAGCUUUCAUCACAAAGAGUGGCCUUAUAUUCAAUGCGAUGGUGGGGACCUACUUUAUCAGCAUUAUGAACACGAUAUGUUUAUUUAGUCCAUACCGAACGCGUUACUACCAGGAGUCUCAAGAAGGCCUGUACAGCGGCGCCAGUUUGCUCCUGUCUUGGAACUUCGUGUCACUGCCAUUCUCAUUCCUGAGCGCGCUCGCCUCUGCUGCUGUUAUCUAUCCGAUCCUAUCAGACAUAUCAGAGAACAUGGACUUCCUCUACUUCUCUUUAGCGCUGUGGUCUAGCUACGUGUACGCCGAACAACAGACCAUAGCUGUCAUGAUGUUUGUCAAGAACGGUCUGAUCGCCGCCAUUGUGAAUAUUUACAUCACUUGUAUUUACGUCAUGCUGGCCAGUGGGGUGCUCAGAUCCUACAAAGGCUUCGAAGAAUGGCUAUACUACAUAACCUACAUUACCCACACACGGUACACAUCAAUCUUCAUGCACAGGAAUGUCUUCAAACAGCCAACCUUCAACAUCCUUCCAUACAGCGACACAGAGAACUGUACUUCUACCAUCUCCAGUCUUAUUCAAACUUCUUCGAACCUUAAUACUAAUUCAAAUGCUAACUGUCGUUAUGCCAGUGGCAAAGCGUUCCUAACAGAAAGGUUCGCAGCAAAAAGUUUCAAUGGCGAUCUCUAUGCAGCUGGUGAUUUUAAUCCUGAGUUUAAUUUGGGAGUUUCCUUCGCUUUUUCAGUUGGCAUUAUGGUUUUCAAUAAGUUCUUGUACUUGAUGCCUUUGCCUGGUUAUAUUAUUGAUAAGUUUAGGGAGUAGUGUUAAUUGAUUUUAUUGAUGUUUAUUGGAAUCCGUCCCAGUUUAUUAUAAAUGGAAAUUAUGUGUAAGAAUUAUAUGAUCAGUAAUUAUUUA